UUGCUGGGCUAGUUGCUGGGAGCUAACUAUGCUAGCUAACUGUCUCGAAAAACAUCAUUUUCGGAGCUCUGUAACGUUACUAAAUCCACUUUUAAACGUUACCGAGUCAACGUGAACGUCAAUUAACCGGUUAACGUCACUUUUUAGUUCAGUCAUUGUUAACCAAGAGCUGGCUUGGUAAGCUAAAACGACAAUCACAAGGCUAGCUAGCUAGCUCCGUGUGUACAUCCGAGUACACAGGCUGCUAACGGGUGUUACGGUGAAGUCUGUGAGCCGUCAGAUUCUGUGACACUGAGAAAAAACAUUGACAGGGCGUUACCGUGGGGAUGGAGCCGCUGGAGGAAGCUGUGGUGACUGAGCUGAAGAGGCAGCUAGAGGACGAAGACCUGGACCCGGAGCAGAAGCUCAGCCUGCUCAACAACACCUUAAACA